AUGGAUGGUGGUAGGCAUGAGCAAAUUUCCUUAACUAAUCAUAUCUGUCGUUUGUGCCGUAUUGCCUGUAUCUUGUAUAAAUGUUCAAAUAUCUGUUUGGUUCAUCCCAAGACUUCUAUUGAAAAUCAAGACGAAUUAUCCUCGCUGUUGCAAAUUCCACUUGUAGCUGGUACAGUCAAUCGUGGCAGUGAGGUGAUUGGUGGAGGAAUGGUCGUAAAUGAUUGGUGCGCAUUUUGUGGACUGGAUACGACAAGUACAGAAUUAUCAGUGAUUGAAAGUAUAUUUAAAUUAGGUGAUUCUCAACAAUCCGCCAUUACUACCACCAUGAGAGCGGCUUUGAUUGACAGGUAUUGGAUCUUAUUUUACUUUAAAGAAUAA